UCAGAGAGCUGCAAGUGAGAUGGGGUCAAGUCCCUUUAAAAAAAAAAAAAUACAGUAUUGUGCAUCUUGAAAUCUGAAACCAAGAAACAGAAGUGCAAGGGAAAUAGGGGGAAAGUCUUGCAAUUUCUGAGGACAACUGUUGCAAGUGGAGUUUUAAGGAGUAAAAUAUAUAUGUAUAUAUUUAAAGGUCAUUGAAUGGCUUUUGCAGAGAAGUCUGUGAGAUAAAGGAGCCUUGAAAGAAGAGGGGUUUUUUUUUUCCCCCCCCUCCUUCUAUGUGGAUAUAAUGGCCAUUGCAAAGGAAAGAGUAUUGAGAUUUGGCUUCAAGUGUUUCUUCUUAGCAACGUUUUUGCUAGCCUGUGAUGGACAAGGUGGAAAGAGAGAGAAUGGUGGUCCUGCCUGUUAUGGAGGAUUUGAUUUGUAUUUCAUUCUAGACAAAUCAGGAAGUGUCCUGCACCACUGGAAUGAAAUAUAUCAUUUUGUGGAACAUUUGGCUCGUAAGUUCAUAAGCCCGCAGCUGAGGAUGUCCUUCAUUGUUUUUUCGACUAGAGGGACAAUUCUAAUGAGGUUAACAGAAGACAGGGAACAGAUACGCCAAGGGCUGGAAGAGCUGCAAAAAGUCCUACCAGGAGGUGACACAUACAUGCACGAAGGAUUUGAAAGGGCAAGUGAACAGAUUUACUAUGAAAAUGUUCAUGGUUACAGAACUGCAAGUGUCAUCAUUGCAUUGACAGAUGGAGAACUCCACGAGGACCUCUUUUUCUACUCAGAGAGGGAGGCUAAUCGAUCACGUGACCUGGGAGCAACAGUGUACUGUGUUGGUGUGAAAGACUUCAAUGAGACACAGCUGGCUAGAAUUGCCGACAGCAAAGAUCACGUCUUUCCAGUGAAUGAUGGUUUUGAAGCCCUUCAGGGGAUCAUAGACUCCAUUUUGAAGAAAUCAUGUAUUGAAAUUCUGGCUGCAGAGCCUUCCAGUAUAUGUGCAGGGGAGUCGUUUCAGGUUGUUGUGAGAGGAAACGGAUUUCGACAUGCCCGCAACGUUGACAGAGUGCUCUGCAGUUUCAGGAUCAAUGACACAGUUACUCUCAAUGAGAAGCCUUUCGUCGUGGAAGAUACCUAUUUGCUCUGCCCAGCACCUGUGUUACGAGAAGUUGGCAUGGAAGCAGCUCUACAAGUCAGUAUGAAUGAUGGCCUGAGCUUCAUCUCUAGCUCCGUCAUCAUCUCCAGCACACAUUGCUCAGAUGGGACUAUCCUGGCUAUUGCCUUGCUGAUCCUCUUCCUCCUGAUGGCACUGGCUCUUCUCUGGUGGUUCUGGCCUCUUUGCUGCACAGUGAUCAUCAAAGAGCCCCCACCGCCUCCUGCAGAAGACAGCGAGGAGGAAGAUGAUGAUGGCCUUCCAAAGAAGAAGUGGCCAACAGUAGAUGCUUCUUAUUAUGGUGGUCGAGGGGUUGGCGGCAUCAAGCGGAUGGAGGUGCGCUGGGGAGAAAAGGGCUCCACGGAAGAAGGCGCUAAGCUGGAGAAAGCCAAGAAUGCCAGAGUCAAGAUGCCAGAACAGGAGUAUGAGUUCCCUGAACCCAGGAACCUUGGGAACAACAUGCGCAGGCCCUCCUCUCCUCGGAAGUGGUACUCUCCAAUCAAGGGGAAAUUGGAUGCUCUCUGGGUCUUGCUGCGGAAAGGUUAUGACCGUGUAUCUGUGAUGCGCCCACAGCCAGGAGACAAGUGCCACCAAACUAUCGAAGCAAGAAAAGCCAAGAGACUGCAAGAAUAAGGCAAAUAACUUAAGUCUGUUUCAGCAAGGCUCUCUCCCCUUCUUGUCCCUGCCACUUCACUGUGUCUUACCAUGGUGAUUCCAGGAGAAACUGAAGAAAUGAAUGAAUAACUAGGGUAACUCUCAGGAAAGGCAGUUCCCCCCAGGGAGGACAAUAAAAGACUCUGCAGGAGCAGACGUCCCAGCUAGCUACUUGGAGACAAUUGCACAAACUUCGUGGUACAAGACUCAAGGUACAACAGAAAGCCAAUCACGUCUCUCCCACGUGCCAGCUGCCGGGCAAAUAAUAGCAACAGCAGGUCUGCAAGUGUAGAAACCCUUUUAAAUCCAGAAAGAACUGAUGACAAGCAGCUGUUGCCAUGGACCAUGCAUUGGAGGAGGGAAAUUAUUGUCAUCUUGGAGGAUCCAGGAAGGAGAAUGGGUAGGUCUCUGGUGUCUGGAUUUGAGUAUGUUGGUAUGUGGAAGUGCAGGUGAAUGAAAAUGGAGUGCCACUAGGAAAAUGAAUCACAUGGAAAAAUAAACCAAUCAGUAUGCCCACGAGGCUUUGACCCCAUCCCUGAGGACAAGCAAUAAUUCGCAGCAGGUCAGCCUUCAGUGCUCCCAGUGGGACAGAAGAGUUCAUAAAAAUUGAAUUGAAUUGAGAGUUCAUAAAAAGGAAUCUAGGGAGGGUGUGGUUGAUAGAAGCGUUUAGCAUUUAGUUGAGACUAAGUUUUGUCCAUCUAAUUAAUCGCUUUGCUGAGUUCAGCAGUGUAAUUUAAUGCUGUUUUCCUUUUUAAAAGGAAAGUUUCUGAAGAUGAACAAGUGGUUAGGUGUAUUGAUUUCUUUAAAUCCAGUCUCCUUAGGCUCCUUGUUAUUGUCAGUUUGAAAUGAUUACCACUGAUGCGUUUCUGUUUUUUCUGUAAAUUACAUUCUUUCGCCCUAAAAAUAUUUCCACAUGGAAAUUUAUUUUUUGUUUUCCCUUCCUGAAUAAGUAGUGGAUGCCUUCCAAACUCAUAGUGAAGACAAGCCAGUGUGCUUACUCACUGUUGUCAACUCUCAACAGCAUCACUUUUAUUAGCAGUUGUUGACGAAGGCAAAAAUCACACACAGGACAUGUAAGAUGGGAAUCAGUCUUCCAAGAAAUGCACUGGCUGCAUUUCUGCAUGCUUUCUCCUCACUUUACCAUUAUGGGACCCCAUCGUAUUCCACAAUAUUGCAUAUGCACACGUUUUAACCUAUAGCAAACUUUCUGAGCACCUGCCUUUGCAACACACAGUGCUAGAAAUAGGUGAGAUCACUCGGCACUUCCGUCAAGCCUCUGGCUCCCUAGUUUACUGUCAGGAUCAGUUCUCACAAAAUGACUCUCUGUGGAAAUUACGAAGUCAUAAAAGGUAAACCGUCUUUGUAGCUGCAGUUCUAUGAAUAUCUAAGAGUUUUCAUACUCAUAAUUUUCUACCAGAUAAAGAAAUGCUUUGCCAAGUAAAUGCUGUUGGAAAUACUAAUUCUAGCUUUUCUAGCAAAAAAAAAAAAAAAGGAAAAAGAAAAAAAAAAGCUCAAAAAGGAAAAAGAACAGACCAGUUAAAGACUCAGCGAAGACUUGGCCUGGGGUCCUUUUGCUAAGGAAUUUUGUGAAUGAACCCUUACCGUGAGACUCGGAGUCAGUCUGACUGUCAUUCACCAACCUCACCCACCAUUACAGCCAUGUAUCAUCUACAAGAUGAGAUAAAUACAGCAAUGACAACAGACCUGAAGACUCAUUCUACAGCCAAGGGCUGGCUGUUCUGCAAAAAGGCUGAUUAAUUCGCCCAUCUCACUGUUUUGUCUGCAGGCGGCACAAAGCAGUCCCCAAUUAGGAGCAAAAACAAUAGUUUUGAUAUUCACUAUGUCAGAUUGUAUCAGCUACAGGCCGUGGUUAGUUCAACAAGACGACUUUGUGAUUGUCAGGUGGGACUGGGAAACUUUUAACACCCUGACACAAGUUUGAUUGGACUCCCUCUUAUGAUGGAUGGGAUCUAGUUAAAUAGUUGUUGAUUUGGUAUGAUGGUGAAAGGUGUAAAAACUGGGUAUAGUGUAAUACGGGAUCGAUAGAUAUUUCUCUUAACAGAUCCUCAAUAUUUCAAAAAAGCUUGGAAAGGAAAUUGGUUUUCAACAAUAUGGCAUUGAGUGUGUGUGUGUGUCUGUGUAUGUGUGUCAGUCAAUUAACCAAUAAAUCUAAACCUACUGCUGGGGAAAAAAAUAAAAGCAUUGUAUACUCCAUGAUUAAAGCUAACUUGUUGCAGAUGCGUAUACAAAUUUUCAUUCUGUUCCCCAAAUCAAGGGGGGAAACCCCUAACAGUACAAAAGAAACAAAAGAAUAUCCUCUAUGCAAUCAUCCAGUUUAUGAAUAAAAAACAAACUCCAAAUUUUUUGUUGUACAUAUUGUUGUUGCAUGCUUACCAUAUGUUAGAUGGAAGCAUUUCCUAUCCAGUGUGGAUAAAAGAACAUUUUUCAAGUUGUAGUAAAUUAUUAUAAAGCCAAUGAUAUUUCAUGGCAUGUUAUUGUAUCAAGCUGUGCUUGUUGUAUUUUUUUCUUUAUGGUUGUAUUGCUUUUUUUUUUUUUUUAUAAAUGUACAAAUAUUUCCUGUAGUGACGAAUACCUAUUUUACAUAGCAUUAAUUGGAGCACUAGAACUCUAAGCUAUAUACGCCCUUGAUCCAUAGGCAAGGUGUUAUGCACACCAAUCCAGGGCAGGAUACGGCCAGAGUGCAGCGGGUACAGACACACCAACUGUUCCUGCCUUACAAAUGGAGCGAUUAUCUGGGCACAGAAGCACGCUACUGUCAGUGAAUUGGUUUCGGUAGACCCUCACUAACAUUCUCAGAAAAAAUAGAGCAGAUGUUUAGUGGCAGACUUUGUAUCUGGUCUUGUAUUUAGGAUCAACCUACGUUGCCUGCUAAAACGGCAUCCUCAAAAGUACUGCCAGUGCUUUUUUAUAAAAACCAUACUUUUUAAUGCCAGUCCCUAAAGAUUAACUUCCAAACCUAACUUAAGGCAACUGAGAGUGAAAAUUUGGGCCUGAAUUUAAAUCAGCUUCCACUGACAAUUAAUGCUAUGGAAAUGAGGUUGAAUUAGCUGGUGUACUAUAUACUGACAUAUGGUACCCUAUGUAUUCUCUCUCUGUAGAACUUUCCUAGAAACACAUUACACAGGCUAUCAAUCCACACUAGCCAAUUUUUAAGUAAAUAUUCGUUAUAGAUCAAAAGGAGUUGAGUGGCACUACAUCUGCUCUGCAAUUUCAAAAGACUUCAUCAGGUCUCGCUGUUUACUAGUUGCACAUGCUCAUAUAUAGGAUUGGUCUAAACAACACUAACCAGAUGUCUGAUGACAUUAAACAAACAGUUAUGUUUCAUUUGCUCUAAAUAGGUCACUUCAACUGCUCCUGUUGUUCUUAAUUCAUCCAAAACUUUUUGUCAGUGUGUCCUGUGGCCUCAAAGGACUAAGCAGUUGCAUUUGACAAGGAUUCAGAUGUUUUUUUGGGUUAAAACAGUUACAAAUUGUUGCUGGCUGUAUUUUGAAGCAUUCACCCAUGUGAACCUUAGUGGUCUUCAGAAUUCUCUCUCUACUCGUUGGUGUGUCAAGGCAUCUUCUGUCACCGUUUACUUUGGGAAAGCAGGGGAACGUUGUCUUUCUGAGAGCUCUGGCAAGGUUUGAGGGUAACAAGUCAGUAACAUCGCCUUAAACGUGGUCCUGAUGCAGCAAAGGAAAAAAAAAAAAACAAGCCUUCUGUUUUGAUGUCAAUUUAAGUUUUGUCAGUUCAGCCAGUGCUAUGCAAUGAUGUUUUACUCCCUGUGUUUGUUGCAUGUGUCAUUUGUUAAAUUCAGUCGUUACUCUUGCUGACCUUGAUGUUAUUA